AGAGUGUCUGCAGCAGGCACAGACAGUUGGGCUUGGCCAGAGCAGAGGUGUUUUGCUUUGUUCAGAAAGCACCGAGAAGAAGACAGCAACAGGGGUUUGCUGUUUGUGAGAGGCUCCUCGGAUUGCUUAUCCAGGAAGAAUCUGAGAAAAAGGGAGGAGGAGGAGGAGGGGGUGGGGGGAAAGAGGCUUUGAAUUUUUCUUUCUUUUUCCUGAAGUGCAAAUCAGCUUGGGACACCUGAGCCUGCUAUGCCAACCGAACUCUCCCACAUGGUGAGAAUGCAUGCCAUCUCUGAUUUCCCCUCCUCGCUGACAGCACGGCUUCUCCACAAGGGUCCAGAGUACCUUCGCAAGCAGAUGGAGGCAGCCAACCCUAGCAGGAAGAGCGCCGUGGAAAGGUUGGCAGCAGAUAAGGCCAAGUACGUGAAAAGCCAGCAAGUCAUCAGCAGGAAGCAGGUGCCGGCCAUCACCCUCAGCUCAACUUCUGAGAGUAGCAGCGAGACUUGUUCAGUGGAAAGCAAGAAGGUCGCGCGCUCAAGAGAGGAGAAGGACACGGCAGGCCAAGUUCCCACGGCCACAGAGCUGAGCCCCGCAGCCCGGCAAGACGGCCCUCCCAUUGUGAGGCGCAACAGUGGUAAAAGGCAAAUCCGACCAGAUUCCUUGGUGAUCUAUCGUCAGAAGUGUGACUUUGUCAGAGGUCAAAGUCAGGAGAAUACUCGUGGAAAUUUGGUCCGGAGGCUGUUCCAGGGUUCCUUCAAGGAAAAGCAGCUGGUUUCUGAAGUGUCCAAAGUUGUUCUCAAGGAGGAAACCAUUCCUGAAGUGGAAGGGGCUAUUUUGGGCAAGGACACAAGACAUAGCUAUGAUCUAGAAGGACAGAAUUCACCCACAAAGGCAAACCCAGUGCUCUUUCUGGUCAGCAGAUGCAAAGAUGCUGUAAAUGUGACUUCAGCACCUUAUGAUGUAAAGGAGAUGAAGCAGAAAGGUCUUCAGAGAUCUCAAUCAGAUAUCAGUUCGCGAUAUUCAAAAUCCUUCUCUGAAUUUGACACUUUCUUUAAGAACUGUGGUCUUGAACCUGAAGUAAUAAAAGAUUUAGGCCAAGAGACUAUUUCGGUGGCUUCAGACAACUUCUCAUUCCAUCUCCACAGCAUCAGUGGGGCAGCUUCUGAAAGUGACUUCACGAGACACAGUGAUGAAGAGGGACUCCUGGAAGAAGAGCUCACGGAACAGGCGCCUAGUGGCACCUCUGUGGUUGAACGCAAUGCUCGGAUAAUCAAGUGGCUGUACAUGUGCAAGAAAGCCAAAGAGGCUAAUGUGAUGAUGCAAGACUUGGCAUAAGGACUGCUUCCUUCAUAGAGAAACCCAGAAUAGAUGCAUUCAAUGAACAGCGAACACAACAGAGAACGGAUUUACAACAGUUACUUCCUGUUUUCUUUUUCACCGAGGAGCAGGAAACUCUUUGUUGCUUCUUAAAGGAUGAAUUGAACCUGAAGCUCAGACUCAAGAAGUGGAAGCUGAUGCUUCUUGUUGUGGUUAUGAACAGAAAGCAUGAUUCAUGCAUGGACCUCUUUUGAUGUACAUUUUCAUAACAAAGCAGAAACCUACAGUUAAUUGUCUCUGAGAGAUAAUUUCAUUGUUUCCAACAAUGAAAAACAUAAUUUCUGUAUAAGAAAAUUUUGUGUGUCUGUGUUUCUGUGUGUGUGAGCAUGUGUGUGUGUGUGUGUGUGUGUGUGUAUGGAUCAGUAGUGGGUUCCACUUACCUUCGCUACUGGUUCGGAACCAGGAAUGUGCGUUUGGCACUUCUGCGCAUGCGCAGAACGUCUAUGAUGAUGUCCAGGCGGGUGGGAGGAGCCUCCCGCCACUGCCACUACUGGUUCCCCUGAACCAGGGCAAACCAGUAGAAACUCACCUCUGGUAUGGAUGGGUACACUGUAUGAAAGGUGAGAAACGUACAUGUCCACUUUGUGGCUGGUAUUUAUAAGAUACCACACUGAUUGAUAUGGAUGGAUAUUAACUUGUGGGACAAGUUAAAUGUCUGGAAACAAUUCUCUCCAAGAUUCUGGUCUAAUGUUUACAGUGGAAUAGAUAGGGUUUUCUCUAAAUAUAGAAAGCUGCCUUUCAAUUAGGCAGAUUAUCUAUCUGUCUGUCUAUCUAACUAAGUAACUAUCUAUCGAUCUACCUACCUACCUACCUACCUACUUACCUACCUACCUACCAACCAACCUAUCCACUCAGUAGUAAUUGAGAUGACACAUCACAGGAGCCAUAAUAGUGGUUUUGCCUGGCUUGAAUAUGUUGUGCAAAUUUAGAUCUUUGAGUUUAUGGAGCUUAGUGCAAUGCUUGAACUGGAAAGGGCUUAUUAAAAAAAAAACACCUAUAAUAUAAGCAUGAGGCAUGAACCCUGCUAGUACUGUCUUCAGCAACUUACACACGCUAGGAUUUCAGAGAAGAAACUUUGGGGCGUGGUAAUGGGCCUGCAGCCCAAUUGCUUGACCCAGAACUCUUCCUCCCCCUCCAUUACUUCAGAGUCCUAAAAAACCCACCCCAAAUGGUUCAGGAUCAGGUUACACCAGAGCUGCAACUGGUAAUCCAAUCCAGUGGUGGGAUUCAACUGGUUCACACCACUUCAGCCGAACCUGUUGUUAAAUUGUUGGCUAGCCCCACCCCACCUCUUCCAGAAGUCCCCAUGUGCCCCGUUUUUGCUCCCAGGGGGGUGCAGGAGGCUGAGUUCUGCCUAUCCCACACCCCUGGCCACACCCACAAUGGCCACACCCACCCAGCUGGUCAUUAGGGCAGGGAACCGGUUGUUAAAUUAUUUGAAUCCCACCACUGAUCCAAUCCCAGUUCUCAUGUCUUACGUACAGUUUAAUGUGCCGUGGUACUAAACAGUUGCCUCCCGCUCCCCAAAUAAUGGAAUGGUGCUCAUUAUUAUAAAACUGCAUUGCUUUUUUUUUUGUUUUAAUGGUACAAGUAGGUUGCAUGGGCAGAUGCCUGAUUUAAACAACCCUGCGGGCAUAGAUCUGUCUGGGGUAGUUAGAGUGUCUGUGAGAAGAUGGUUUCUGGCUGUGGUUUUCCAAGUCUGUUUCUCUGCCACCCGGGAAUCGCUGGCUGUCAUUUCUGUAACAGCAAGCAAGCAAGCGCAAACAUGUCUUAACUCGACUCUUUCAGAAAGGCAGAGAAGCCGGCUUCUUCUUCCCCAAGCUGGCAUUCAUAUAUAGCAAAACUGGCCAUAUUUGUCUGUCUCUUUAUCUAGGUAGAUAAAUAGAUAGCAAAGUUGACGCUAAAUAACCAAACUUCCCACAGUCAAAAUCAAAAUUAUUAUUAUUUUUUUGCCUGGAAAAUGUGGGAUAGCUCUUAUCGUGGAAAUAGAGGCUUGUCUGAACAUUCCUCAUUCCUCAAAAGGUAUCAGCCCUUUUGUCUAAGGCUGGCAUGCACAGACUGGAAGUCAGGAACCUUUUCGUGCUAAUACAAACCCUUCAUUCUCCUGUGUGAGAAAAGGUCGGUCUGGGAUUUCAUUCUCCUGCAAUAUUCCCAAGGCUGUUUUGGGUUAGAAUAGAAUAGAGCUGGAAGGGACCCUUGGAGGUCUUCUAGUCUAGACUCCAGCCCCCAAGUUAUCAGUGGGCAAAUAGAAAAAGGGAUCUCUUUUAAAAGAUUAUUAUCAUUGCCUCUGUGGCUCAGACUGGUAAGACAGUCUGUUAUUAACAACAGCUGCUUGCAAUUACUGCAGGUUCAAGCCCCACCAGGCCCAAGGUUGACUCAGCCUUCCAUCCUUUAUAAGGUAGGUAAAAUGAGGACCCAGAUUGUCGGGGGCAAUAAGUUGACUUGGUAUAUAAUAUACAAAUAGAUGAAGACUAUUGCUUGACAUAGUGUAAGCCGCCCUGAGUCUUCGGAGAAGGGCGGGAUAUAAAUUCAAAUAAAAAAAAAUUGCAGCUCCAUACAAUAUAAUAUCUUUUUCUUUCUUUCUCUUUUUCCUGAAGCCUUUUAGCUGUGAUAGUUUUGCAGGGUUGGAAACAGUCUGUCCCUGGAUCCCGGCUACUGGGGACCAUAGGUUGCGCUAAUUUCUUUGGGUGUGCUUUAUUGCAAUACGUGAAUGCUGCCAAUAUGCUUUAUAAACCAUAUGGCAAAGUCACAUAGGAUCCGCAAAUCUGAGAGAUGCAUUGCACUUUGUGAAGCAGGGGUGGGCAAGCUAUGGCCCUUUUAUGACCUGGGGACUUUAACUCCCAGAAUUUCUGAGCCAGUCAUGUGGCUCAGGAAUGCUGGGAGUUGAAGUCCACAGGUCGUGAAGGGCAGUGGUGGGUUUCAAAAAUUUUUACUACCAGUUCUCUGGGUGUGGCUUGGUGGGCAUGGCAUGGCUUGGUGGGUGUGACAGAGGGAAGGAUAUGGUAAAAUCUCCAUUCCUUCUCCAAUCCAGGGGAAGGUUACGGCAAAAAUCCCCAUUUCCUCCCAAUCAGCUGGGAUUUGGGAGGCAGAGAAUAGAUGGGUGCGGGGCCAGUCAGAAUUUUUACUACUGGCUCUCCGAGCUAUUCAAAAUUUCCACUAUCGGUUUUCCAGAACUGUUCAGAACCUGCUGAAACCCACUUUUGGUGAAGGGGCCAUAGUUGCCCACUCCUGCUGUUGAACAUUAAGGCUUGGGGAGGGUGGAGUUUCAGAGUUUUUAAAUUUGAAAUUAAAUGAGGAUUUUUUUCUCUCCUUCUGUUAACCAUGUCAGAUUCUUGGUGACUGCCUGGAAAAGCCCCCUGCAGUUUUCUUGACAAAAUUUCUCAGAAAUGGCUUGCCUUUGCCUCCUUCUUAAGGCUGGGGGAUGAUUGGGUACUCAUUUUCUUCUUAAAUUCCCUCCCCCCAAACUAUAAGAGACUCUUCCACUCUAUGAGGGGCAUCUCUACGGGCCAUAAAGGCCAUCUUUUCAUACCUAGUUUAUUGCUUAAUGUUGUGAAUAAAUACAGUCACUGUGACUGAUUCUAGGGGAUGCGGCAGCUGAGUGGCUAAGACGCUGAGCUUGUCAAUCGAAAGGUCGGCAGUUCAGCGGUUUGACUCCUGAGUGCUGCGUAAUGGGGUGAGCUCCCGUUACUUGUCCCAGCUUCUGCCAACCUAGCAGUUUGAAAGCACGUAAAAAAUGCAAGUAGAAAAAUAGGGACCAUCUUUGGUGGGAAGGUAACAGUGUUCCAUGCGCCUUUGGCAUUGAGUCAUGCCGGCCACAUGACCACGGAGACGUCUUCGGACAGCGCUGGCUCUUUGGCCUUGAAACAAAGAUGAGCACCACCCCCUAGAAUCGGGAACGACUAGCACAUAUGUGUGAGGGGAACCUUUACCUUUACCUGACUGAUUAAAAAAACCAUGGUUAAACAAACCAAGGGUUAGUACAUGAGAACAUUUAGCCGCCAUAUCUUGCCUGUGGUUUUCCAGAAAUGAUUGAUUAUUGCAGGAAAUUGGAUGCAAGUUUAGAUAGGUAUUUGUUCUGAUCCUACAAAAAUUAACUUUAAUAUUAAUUAUUAUCAAGCUAAUAUAUUAAAAAUUACUCCAAAUUCCAUUUUUGCUGCAGCCCUUUGAUUUUUCUUCUGCUCCUAUUUUUCCUUCACCUGCACCCCCCCCCACACACACCCUUCUUGCCACAAUGGAUGGGUUUGUUCUUGAUGUGUGUCUUUAUAUACAUACACUUCAGUUGGCACCACUGAAAGAUUGCUGAUCCCAAUGGGUAAGAGAGCUCUGUUUAUGUAAAUCUGCAAGCAGGGAUCAAGAAUGAAAUAUUUUUUAUUUUAAUUUAUUCUGGGCUUGGGAAGCUAAGCCAGCACUUGGAGUGCUAAUUAAUAAGAGUAUAUUAGUCAAAAAUAUAUGGUUGGUAAACAGUAAGUGGCUAUUUUGCUUUUAGUAAACGCAGCCCAUUUGUGCUCUGGAUGUUUUGAUAAUAUUAACAAGGCAUUACAAGAGGUGAGUUUGCUCUGUAAGAGACGUCUCAUGAGCAUUUGUCCAUUGCUUUCAGAUCUGUUAACCGCAAAAUAUGUCAUGUAAUUGUAUGUAAUUGUAUGUAAAGCUUAGUGCUGAAAAGUCUUUGUGACACCUAUUUUUUUCACUGUAAUGAGGUUUGUUACAAAAAAAUUUUUGCUGCUAACAUGGAAGAAAUUUAUUACUGC